GCCAGUUUGAGUUUUGAAGCUAGCAUCUAGUCGCGGACGCGGGAAUCAGCGGUCCAGCCCAGCCAGUGCUCUCUCGACUGCCGAUAACCCGAGACGUGUUGCAAUGAACAGAUUAAUACUACUCGUGAUUUUAUGCGCGUCCACUCUCGCCGCUAGAUAUCAGUGCAAUCACAAGUCUGCUCUGCUGAUACUGAAAAGACCGGCGUAUGAAUUCUCCGUGAAACUCUUGGACAGGGUCGCGCAAGCCAGCGAUGCACACUUCGUGUAUUCACCGAUAUCUACUUGGCUUCAACUCUUGACAUUAUCCGAAGGUGCGCAUGGACAGACUUUGAAAGAAAUAUGGAACGUGACGAAGCACCUCAGACUAAAAUGCUUCAGAAGGAAGUGGAGAUCUAUAGUCAACAGAGUGGACACACAGCUGAAGGAUGUUUCGAAGAGAAGAGGUUUCAUGGUCGUAGACAAACUUAUGAAUGUCAAAAAGUCUUUCAUACUAGAAGUGGAGAGGUUGAAAUCCUUACAAGUGCUGAUGUUGGACUUCAAUUACCCGGUGACUGCAGCUGACAUAGCUAAUAAAGAAGUGGAGAGUGCUACUAACGGUGUAAUUGUGAAUGCGUUCACACCAUACGACUUUAACUCGACCGUGCUUCUCAUGGCUGACACUUCGUUCUACAAGAGCAACUGGAAGAUCCCGUUCAACACAGUCUACACGAGACCUGAGCCUUUUUACUCCGAAUUCGGUGUCGACGAAGGUGAAGUGAAUAUGAUGAACAGGAUAGAUUACUUCAACUACACCGAAAUACCCAGGAUAGGUGCCAAAGUCUUAGAAUUGCCUUGCGGUUCGGGUGACAGAGUGACAAUGCUGUUUUUCUUACCCACCACUGGUUCUAUAAGGGAUCUGUUUUUCUCCCUACAGAGGAUAAGGAUCAUGUCGAUCUUCAAUAAGUUUAAAGUUGACGGUGCUUCUUUGGUGGACGUGAAAAUCCCGAGGUUUAAAAUUACCACGGACAUUGAUAGCAUACCGGAGUUGUUGUACGAUAUGGGUGUUAAAAGGGUUUUCCAUCCGGAUUUGGCUAAUUUGAGGGGCAUAAGUGAUUUCAAAGUGUACGCUUCUCUGAUGGCACAAGUUGCUGAUAUUGAAGUGAACGAGGAGGGUGUGACUGCGACUGCAGUAGCCGACUUUCUGUUAGCAAACAAAGUAUCUAAAGAUUUUACCGCGAACCGUCCCUUCGCAUUUCUAUUAAUAGACAAAAGAACGGAACUAAUUCUCUUUGCCGGUACGUACUCCACGCCUCGUAAAUAUAAAUAAUACAAUUAUAAUUAUACUUUCAUUAAUAAUCAUUAAUAUUAUUUUUGUUAACAAUAUUUAUGACGAAUAUCACAUUAUACAGUUUCCAUUCAGUAGAUUAGCUUGAUGGGGAUUAAUAUAAUCUAAUUAACACACGUGACAUUGUACUUAAAGAAUCAAUGAAUAACAAAUCACAAUAUCAAAAUAAAGUAACAGAAUAACCCCUUAAUAUAUAAGCAAAUAUUUCGGUAUGAUAUUUGUGGAAUUUCCA